CUGGGAAAGAAGAGCCGUUGGAAAAACAUGUAACGGUGCGAGGUACGCUGCACCUACUCACCCACGGCAUCUCUAACUGAGACCCAAUUCACCAAGAGACAACAACUGCCUUCUUUUAUGGAGUGGUGGGGAAGGCCCAGACCCCCACCCUGAUCAGGCCAGACACCCAGAGGUGACAAACCUGGAGCCAUGAGCACAACAGGCAAGGUCAGCGGGCUCAAACCCCCCACAAAGAUAGCCCGUCCAACUGGGGUUCCGGGAAAGACAUCUCCAUCGUCUGGUACACAGAAGCCAGUCCCUCCUGAGAAAUCCCCUGGCACUGUCACCUCCCCGACCCAGGACAACUUUCAGAUCGGGGAGCGGGUCUGGGUCAACGGCAACAAGCCAGGCUAUGUACAGUUUAUCGGGGGCACACAGUUUGCUCCUGGGCAGUGGGCGGGGAUCGUGCUAGACGAGCCUAUUGGGAAGAAUGAUGGCUCUGUGGCUGGGGUCCGGUACUUUCAGUGUGAAGAUGGAAGGGGGAUUUUCACACGGCCUUCAAAGCUCUCCAAGACGCCUCUGCCUGAAAAGGAAGCAAACGGAGGCCAGGCCAGUCCAGCACCGGGAGCUACUGCACCUGUAGCCAGUGAGGCUGCACCUGCAGGCCCUGUCCCACCUGCUCUGGGUAGUGGCAUCAAGACUGCACUUCAACGAAUGCACAUUCAGUCCAGUGAGUCAGUGUCGAAUCUCUCAGACACAGAGUCAAUGAAGAAGAACAAGAGGGAGCUGAGGCUAGGAGACCGUGUGCUGGUUGGUGGUACAAAAGCAGGAGUGGUUCGGUUUCUGGGAGAGACAGACUUUGCAAAGGGGGAAUGGUGUGGAGUUGAACUGGAUGAACCACUGGGCAAGAAUGACGGAGCAGUAGCAGGGACCAGAUACUUCCAGUGCCUGCCCAGGUAUGGCCUGUUUGCUCCGGUUCACAAGGUAACACGUAUUGGCUUCCCCUGCACCACGCCGACCAAGACCAAGGGCUCGAGAAGGAGGUCCACACUGAAGAGGAGCCCGAGUGCCUCCUCCAUGAGCUCGCUCAGCUCUGCUACCUCCUCCAUCAGCGGCAAGCCCAGCCGAGCCGGACUGUUGACAGAGACGUCUGCUCGGUACGCUCGUAAGAUCUCUGGCACCACGGCGCUGCAGGAGGCUCUGAAGGAGAAGCAGCAGCACAUUGAGCAGCUGCUGGCAGAGAGAGACCUGGAGAGAUGUGAGGUGGCAAAGGCAACAAGUCAGGCGGGAGAGGUGCAGCAGGAGCUGCUGCAGCUGAGGAAGGGACGUGAUCAGUAUACUAUGGAGAUGGAGGCCAAGCUGGAUCAGCUGCGUUCACUGGUGGAGGCAGCUGACCGAGACAAAGUGGAGCUGCUCAACCAGCUGGAGGAGGAGAAGAGGAAAGUGGAGGAUCUGCAGUUUCGUGUGGAAGAAGCGUGCAUCACCAAAGGAGACCUGGAGACGCAGACCAGGCUGGAGCAUGCCCACAUAAAGGAGCUCGAGCAGAGCCUGCUCUUUGAAAAGACCAAAGCAGAAAAACUCCAGAGGGAUUUAGAGGACACUAGGGUGGCCACAGUGUCUGAGCGCUCCAGGAUCAUGGAGCUGGAAAGGGAGGUGGCAGACCUCCAGCUCAGGCUGCGGGCGUCCCAGCAGAAGGAGGACGCAGCAUCUCUGUCCCAGCAGCAGAUCAGCAGCCUGAAGGCCCAGGCACAGUCUCAGGAGAAAAAGAUCAGUGAGCUGAGCGUUGACGUGGAGAGCAAACAAAAAGAGCUUCACUCUCUGCAGCAAGAUAAAAGCAACCUGGAUCAGCAGCUGACUGAACUAAGACAAAAGCUCGAGACAGCCGAGGAGGAGAGCAAGAAGACAGCAAAGACAAUGCAAGAAUUGGAGCAGAAUUUGGAGAAGUCAAAUAAGGAUUACCAAACACUGAAAGAAGAGAGUCAGAGCAGAGAGAAGGAGCUGGAACAGGCUACUGAAAAGUCAGAGAGGACAACGCUGUCCCUUGAGCAGCUCACCAAUGAGAAGAAGACACUGGAGACACAGCUUGAGGCGCUGAAACAGCAGAACUCCAAAUACCAAGAGGAGCUGAGUCUGUCGAAGGAGCGGAGCAGCUCAGAGAACCAGCGGAUUGGAGUUCUCUGCAAGGAAAUUGAAGAGCUGAAGCUGGCCUCCCAGAAGUCUCAGCAUCUUGAGGAGAACAACGAAGGGAGAAACAGUCAGCAGGCAGUCAUGAAGACCAGAGAAAACAUCUCAAAUCAGGAGACAGAUGGAGACAUAAACUACCAGAACUCCACUGGAGCUUUAAUCUCAGAGAAAGACCGUGAGCUGGAAACUCUGAGGAAUGAGAUCGCUGUGCUACGAGGGGAAAACGCGAUGGCCAAGACACUGCAAUCGGCUGUUGAGACACUGAAGAGAGACAAGGCACAGCUGCAGGAACGUGUACACAGUCUGGAGCAAAGACUCAUGGGAACGCAGGGAUCAGAGGGAGGAGACAGAGAAGCUCCACCCUCAGGCGAUUCUGCAGCCGUGGAGCAGUUGAGAGAAGAGAAGGAGUUUGCAGAGGGACAGAUCAACUUCCUGAACAGUGUGAUUGUGGACCUGCAGCGGAAAAACGAGGAGCUAAAGAUUAAGCUGAAGAAGCUCGCCCUGGCUGAAUUUAAUGGCAAUGACGGGACCGAUGGACUUAUUGAAGGAAUCUCAAAGCGGGAAAAGAAAGCUACCCCACGUCUGUUCUGUGAUAUCUGCGACUGCUUUGACCUCCACGACACCGAGGACUGUCCCACGCAGGCCCAGAGCCCUGACUCUGUUCCUCACACCACCUAUCAUGGAAAACCAUCAGACGAGAGGCCCUACUGCGACAUCUGCGAGGCCUUCGGACACGCCACCGAGUCCUGUAACGACGAUCAGACCUUCUAGUAGCUCCAAAAACUCUUUACCUUCCUUUUUCUUCUUCCCCUUAAACACAGCUUACCUUUUACUCUCCCCACACCCUUGACAGAUUUUACCAUAUUGUAUUUUUAUACUGUAUUUAUGCAUAUCACUGGUAGCCGCUGUCCUGAUCUGAUCCUUUACUCUGAAGCUCUUUUCUCUAAAGAUAAACUGUUCUGAAUGCUUGUCCAAAUAUGCUGCUUUGGUGCAAUAUUGAUGUUUUUAACGAAAAGAAUCAUCCUCACACUCUUCAUUUGUAAUGUGUUGUUUUGCAUUUGAGUUAAGCACCAGUAAGGGAUGUUUCACAGACAUUGAUUUUUUGGGCUUUAUUUGUUAUUGGGCAAAAAAAGAGGAUGCAACAGAAUCAAGCACAGAUGAAAAUGAAGGGAAAUUAAGCACCUGUAAGAAGUAACAUUCCUGUUUUCAUGAGUACAUUCCUCCUUGGUCUGCAGACCAAUCAGAGAGUGGCACUGCCAUGCCAAGCUUUUAACUGAUACUGUAUGUUAAUGGAUGAUUUUUAGUCUUUCUUCUACAUCACUCUGGCUUGAGUACUAAGGCCACUAUCUGGAAAAUUUUAAAGAUGUUGAUCCUUUUAUCUUUGAAAUAUAACAACUUUGAAAACUGAAAUCCAUAGAGACAUUACGUUACUUGAGAAAUAUUGACAUUUUCCUCCAGAUUAAUGACCCCCCAAAAAACUUUUUUCAGUCAGUUGUUGUACUUUUUCUCUUGUAGUGGCCUAAGUACUCUUUCAUGAAUUGCCUGGAUGCCAACCUUUGGAAGACUAAUGAUCAUUUGUAAUGGAGGCAUGAAUGGUAACAUUCACAGUCACUAGCUGUGUUUUUUUUUCCAGAGUAUCUCAUCUUUUUUUCAUCUGAAGUUAGAGUUUAUUCAUUAGUGUACAGUGUACAGCUUAAAAGUGAACCCCAGUUUUUCCUACAUCUUGCUGCUUAAGACCCUGACUUAGACGACAGUAGCUAUAAUUUAAUUUAAAGGGACACUCCAUAAAUUUAACACACAGUGGUCAGUUUUACUUGUUGAUUCAAUACAGAUAGAUGAUAGAUCUCUACCCCAGCUCAGGCCCAGUAUACCUCUUGCCCCUACCACAGCCCUAUCUCUGUUUUGCGGGCUCACAUCUAGGAAUUGGGUUUCCUGAUUCUUGUUUGAAGUCAGGGGUAGGUGAAAUGCUCGAGGCCCUUCAAAUAGAGGGAAAUCUCGUUUAAAAUCACUUAUAGUAGGAAUUGUUAGUUAAUGUUGUCAUGUCUGUUUACCGACCACUACUGAGGAUGAUCAAGAACUUGAAGGGUUGUUUCAUUUCAUAGGGGGAAAUUUCACCACUUCCUUUGUUGCUGUGUAACAAAGGUCACUCAAAAAUGAGGAGAAGGGUCUCGCUGCAGUCCUUACAUUUCUGAUGGUCAUUCUCACAGACUGUUCAUCUGAGAAGCUGUUUGCCGGUACAAUGUAUUUCCAGUUUUAUUCAUAAAUAAAUUCUUCCAGCUACAUGGAAGAAAUAACCAUAUUUCAAACACAAAAGACUGAGCAACAUUUCAUAAAUAAAACAGAGUGAAAGUUCAGAGGUCUAAUCUGGGCUUAGACCCAUUUAAGAAGUAGUAACACGAAUGUUGGCUCGCUUUAGCUUAGUUAGCUAUAGCUAAAGCUAACACGAGCUAUAUUAUUAAUGUUACUAAGUUAGCCAAUAUAGCUACGUUAGCUUCUGUAACAUGAGCUUUGGCAAAAAUAGCUUGAGCUGAUGUAGCUAAGUAGAUAAUGUACCUGCGUAGCUGCUUUGUGAGCCUAUCUUAGCUCUGUUUGCUAUUUAGGUACAUUACCUAUAGCUAAGUAAGCUUUAGCAACGUGAGCUUUGGUUAACAUUGCUAACGAGAAUUUAUCUACGCAGCCAACAGAGAUUGUAGCUUAUGUAGCUGCCUUGUGAGCUUAGCUUUAGCUACACAGGCUACAUAGCUAACGGAGCUAUGUGAGCUACCCUUGUUUGAGUGUUUCAAGGAGUAUGAGUUUGUUUUUCCUGUAAGCAGACUGCUUACCCAGCUUUAUUAAAUGUUUUGUUAUUAGGUUUUGGUAAAGUUUUUCACUUUAGCGUCUCAUAUGAACGGUCUGUGAGAGUGGCCAUCAGAGAUUAAUCAUCUGCAGCCAGACUUCCUUGAUAAUGAGGGGUAGGGGCAGAGGUCAGUAAUGAAACUGAGUCCUCCAGUUGUACAAAAGUGACACCAAAAAUAUGCUCUACCACAGGCAGUGAAAUUUUGCACAGGUGAUGUCACUACUUUUUUAAUCUGAUGCAUACACCACUGCAGGUAAAGCUAAACAUCUGACACAUUUAAUUACUGAACAUAAAACAGCAAAUUAAGACAGAACUUUAAAGUGAGGAAACAUGUUUUUAAAACCCAUGUCCUUUUUGUGAACAUGGGGGAGGCAGAGCUUAUGAAAGCAGUCAGACAGUAGGGGGAGCUCCAAGUAUUUUGGCUUCACUUUGAGGGCAUUGUAGUGUCAUCGCUCUUUUUACAUGCUUUUACCAAUUUACUCACCUUUUUUGAUGAAGUGGUUUAGCAACAUUAUUGGUUAUGCUCAAAAAGAAAAUGUCCCACGGUCUGUUUAUUGUUUGUUCUACCUUGAGGCUACAUGUUGAAAAUCCUAUGUGUUCAGGUUUCAUCUUCAUUGAGCACUUUAAGGACUUUCAACUUCAUACUUGCUUGAGGUUCAGGUAGUUACUGCAUUUUGCAUGAAAAUGUGUAUGUUUGAUUUUAGAAAAAACUCUGGACUGAAAGCUUGUUUUGUCAGCUACUGUCCCUAUCCUCAACAUUUUUACUUUUUUUGCAUUCAGGCUCAGAUCUUCAAAGAAUGCCACUGAAAGUAGCUGAGGGUUGGUUGUUUUUAAGUAUGAAGUUGUUCUGUUUUGUUAUUUAUUGUCUAAUCUUUCUCUAACCAGUGAUGUUCCUACAGAGAAAUAAGCUAGCACUGAUUAAAGGUGUAUGGUCUGUACUAAGACUACUGUAGUAUAGGUUGGCUUUUAAAUACAUCUGCCUCACGUUGCAGUAACCAGAUGAAACUGUAGAAGUCUUUACUAAUUUAGUUCUGCACUGUCCACUUUAAAGAUUCAGAAGAAAUGUAAGACGCUUUAACGUUAUGUUAAAAAAAGAUUUUAUGUUAAAAAAGUUGGUACGUAAUUUCUGUAUACACACUGCCCUCCUUUAAAGCACAUAUUUAACAUGUUGGGAAGUUUGUUUGCUUUGUAGUGAAAAACAAGACAACUGAUGCAACAUGUAUGUGCUAAGCUAAUUACAAAUCUGCAGCAGGUUAGCUUAGCUUUGAAAAUCUCUUUUAACAGGGGACUGCAGCUGACCUGGCCCUGUUACAAUUUAACCUAGUAUAUUUUGAGUUAGCCUGGAAAUAAAUUUGAUUUGACAUUUUUAACAUUCAAAUUUGGCAUCUUUUGUUUUUAGUGGACUAGCUUUUUUUCACUUGAUAAACAUUUGUUGACAGUUUUGCACAUAAAAAUGAGUUUCAAGUUAAAACAAGAACUGCAAAUUGACUCAAGUGACAUCAUUUGAGUCCAUUUGUUUUGUAUCCAUGUCAAAAUAUUAUGAUAGCAUACAUUUUUAAACUAGCUGCUCUAUUCUGGUUGAGGCUAACAGCUCCAGUCUUUACUAGCUCCUACCACUGUAAUGCUAACAACCUUCAAAUGCAGUGUUAGCUAUAGAGAUGCAUUGUGGGUAGUUGAGGCACCAUGUUUUGUCCAAACAUGGCUAGCUAUCCCUCCUAACUAGGCGAAGAUAGGCUAAUAGCCUGCUAGCAUCAGUUAGCAUGAGAGUGGUUUCAGUUGUCUGAUUGGUAGUACGAAGCAAACAAACAAAUUUUCUCACAAGUUCGACAAUUCCUUAAAUCUAACCCUACAUAGCGACAUGUAUUGGACUUAUUAAGCACAAAUAUCAGUUCAUAUUGAAUCUGCCAGUUUAACAGUGUAUAUAUAAUACAUGACAUAACUAUUAACAUUAGUCCUUGUAAAUACUAAUCAGAGGCUUCCUUCUGAUAAAUGUGUACACAGUGCCAUGAAAACUAAAGAUAGCUUUUAUGUGUACAUUUUAUUUUUCUGCCCUGUGGAUAAAAUUCACAUUGUAUAAGAAGGUUUCCAGGGAUAAAAAAGACACUUUGUAUAGACUUUAAAAAACAUUGUGUACUUUAUAAGUGAUGCAUCUAAUUAUUAGUGUAAUGUUUUAUAUGGCACCAUCUAGACGUGGUUUUGAGACCAAUUUUACAAAUGUUGACGUGGUGUAAAAGUCACUGUUUUCUAUGUACUGUAUACUCCUGAACAGUCAAAUAGAAAUACAUAAAAGAAAAGCA